UCAUCCGGCAAGAUGGCGCUCUCGCUUUGUCUGCCCUGAUCAGCAAGAAAACAGUAUUUACCCUACCAUCACAUAAAACGGAACGGGUUGCAUGCAUUAAACACCUUUCCACGCGGCGACAAGCUGGCACAACUUAUCACAGACCUGCGCGUGAAGUGACCGCCGAGAUCUUAAGGAAAUAACAUGGACUGAUGGCUUCAGAAGAAUAUACCAUUGAUUAACAACCUCGGAGGAAGGGCAGACGGUCCAGUAAGCUGAACACACUAGUGACUAAACUUCAUGAGUUCUUGGGUCAAUCUCCAGAGAACGAAAGCUUUGAAUCACAAGUUGAUGAGACUUCCAGAGGUAAAAUGGCCACCAAUGACUUAAACAUCCCGGAUGACACAAUGAAUGAGCCUGGUUGCUCCUCAGAAAUGACUAAGCCCUCAUCUUCACGCUCAAAAAGAAAACCUUCUAUUGUGACCAAGCACACAGCCAUCAAUGACUCUGAGUGUGCUAAUGAAAGUGGAGGUGAACAUUGCAUGGCAGAUGACAGCACACAGAGUAGUUUGGAUAUCAGUAAGCUUCCACAAGGCACAGUGAUGGUGAAGCCAGAACCAGUUGCUAAUGAAACUAAAGAUGAAUUCAGAGGUCCGGAAUUCCGUAGCAGAAAAUCAAAUAAAAACAAAGAGGAAGGUACACGGAAACGUCCUGAUGAGCACCUCAAGGAUAUUUUUAAUUGCACAGCAUGUGGACAGCAAGUGAAUCAUUUUCAGAGAGAUUCCAUCUUCCAGCAUCCUGCACUGCAUGUUCUGAUCUGCAAGUCAUGUUUCAAAUAUUACAUGAGUGAUGAUAUCAGCAAGGAUGAAGAUGGCAUGGAUGAACAGUGCAGGUGGUGUGCAGAGGGAGGCAAUCUGAUUUGCUGUGACUACUGCAGCAAUGCCUUCUGCAAGACAUGCAUUCUACGCAACCUUGGACGAAAAGAACUGUCUGAAAUUAUGAAUGAGGAAAGCAAAUGGCACUGCUACGUCUGCAGCCCAGAGCCCCUGCAGGACUUGGUUAAAACCUGUGAGAAAGUUUUGCUUAAUCUUGAAUCAUCUUCUAGAAAGCCCAGGGGAGACAACGACAAAUCAAAACGUGAAAAUCGCAAACACAAGCAUGGCAAACGUGAACGAACGGCUGUAAAUGGACAGGAUCAUUCCUCUGACGGAGCAGGCUCUUUAGCCUUUUCCUAUAAGACGAUGACCGUUCCGAAGGAGUUAGUCAAAAAGGCCAAAAAACUUAUCGAGACUACUAACGGAUUGAAUCGUACUUUUGUACAGUUCCUCCAACAGACGUCAACAGGCCACGAAGUUAGUGCAGUAAGUUACAGACACUUAAAGGCCUUCAGAUCAGUUUUGGCUGAUCUGAGGAAGGCCCACACAGCUUUGGAGGAGUCGCUAGAAAUGGAAUUUGAAUCUAAAGGCCUCAAGUUUCAGAAUGGAGAGGAGCAAAGACAACCUGACAGUCAGACUGCGGAUAAUACAGCCAUCAACUCACACCACAAUGACAAUCUCAGUGGCAGGGAAGACUGUUUUGAUUGCACUUCUGAGGACUUAAAUCCUCUGGUAGAAGAGGAUACCCAAGAGGACAGUAAUUCAGCUGAUAUUGAAAUGAAGGAGAGCCUUCCUCCCUCACCGGACAAAACUCAGGACCAGUCGGGAGAAAGUGAAGCCAAAGAGCAGGAUAUAGCCGAUAUUCCUGACAAUGAGGAUAUCUCCAUGCCAGUUAGUGAAGCUUCUCUUGAUAAAGAUAUUGUGUCUAUACCGCCUUCUGUCCCGGAGGAACUCUUCGAGAUGGUUGAGAGUCUUGCUGUCAAGAAAGAAGACGAAAGCAACUCUACCGAACCCAGCGAUGGGAAGUCGACAUCCGAUACCGAGGUUGUAGAGUCUAGUAAGAGUUUUGCUAAACUGGGUAAAAAGCUUGUAGUCAAGCUGACACCGGUUCCUCUUAAAAUUACCAUAAAGCGAGAUAAAAGCAAAGAAAUGUCACCCUCAGAAGAUGUGGAUGGUGACAUAUCGCCAAAGGAGGGUCUGGAUAGUAGACGCUCCCCCAGGAUGAAGACCACUCCCUUACGCAAGUCGCCGGAGGCAAAAAGGAAACGUAAAUCGAGGUUGUCGGUGGCAAAAGAAGAGAGCAGCAACCCAGAAGAGGAGCAGUGUGAUUCCGACUCGGAUGAAGUUCCUGCAAUCCUUCAGACAGCUGGUUUGAAGGCCAGCUCAGCUGAAAGUGAGCCAGAAAACAGUGGGAAUGCUUCAGGCAAAAGCAGCAAGAAGAAGAGGUCAGCUUCCCGCUCUUCUGAGAAACCAGCCAAGCGUAAACUCAACGAGGUCUCCUCGGAUUCAGAACAGAGUGACAAGUCCUCAAAAGCAAAGAAAAGGAACAGCAAAAAAAAGAAGGCGAGGGAGUCGGACUCCUCAAACCACGACUCCGAUCUCGAGAAGCAGAUAAAGAACCUGAGCAAGCUUGGUGGUGGGAAGAAAACGUCCAAAGGUGUCAAAAAGGAAGAGAACGAAUGCAGUAAAGAGGGCCAGAAAGGCCCUAAAAAGUCAUUUGAAGGGGUGCGCAAGUCACAAAAAGAAAAGGCAAAAACGAAGGACGAGUCUUCCUCCAGUGAUGAAGAGGAGGAGGAGCAGGCUGCCAACUCUGGAGAAGACAGUGAUCAGCAGAAGAUCAAACCUAUACUUGAGUCAGUUAUGGCUAGUAUUGAUGGUUUUCAUCAGUCAUCAGGUGAUGAGGUUGAAUUAAAGGCUGAGUCCUCACAGAUGGUGGAUGAUGAUGAUGACCCUGAGAAUAGAAUUGCCAAAAGGAUGCUGCUCGCUCAGAUUAAAGCCAACUAUUCAUCUGGAGCCGAGAGUUCAUCAGAUGAUGAAAAUACUGACAAAGAGGAGGAAAAGCCAAAGAAAGGAAAGGAUGAUUCCAAGGAGCAAGAUGGAAAUGAGGAAGAUGAGGAAACGUCAGACUCCGGCUCAGAUGUUGAUGUGAAGAAGGGUGGACGUAGGCACCGUUUGUUGCGUAAGAAGCUGACUCUAAGUGAGGGUGACUCGGACGACGAGACACCUGUCAAGACCAAGAAAGAAACUAAGAAGAAAGGGAGACGAAAAGUGUCCAGUGACGACUCGGCAGACUCUGACUUCAAGCAGUCUGGCUCGUCCUCUAGUGAUUCUUCAGCACUCAGUGAGGCUGUGAGUGCAGAUGAGGAUGAAGACAAGAGCAAUAAACGCAAAACUCGAUCGGCCAAAAAAGCCAGCAAGGACAAAGAGAGGAGUUACCAGAAAGAAAAGAAAAAACGACGGCGUAUUAAGGUUCAGGACUCAUCGUCCAGUGGCAAGAGUGGUGGGGAAGGUGAUGGAGAUGGGGAAGACGACGAUGAAAACGGAACACCCAAAAAUCGCAAGAAGAUACGCAAAAUUAUUAAAGAUGAGAAACUGCGGACAGAGACCAGAGAUGCCCUGAAGGAAGAGGAGGAGAGGAGGAAACGUAUCGCUGAGAGGGAGCAGUUAAGACAGAAACUACGAGAGACCAUUGUGUUAGACCAGGAAUCCUCACAGGUCACCUGUCCCAUCACAACAAAGCUCGUGCUCGAUGAAGAUGAAGAGACCAAGGAGCCACUGUUGCAGGUUCACAGGAACCUGGUGACCAAACUUAAACCCCAUCAGGUGGAUGGUGUGCAGUUCAUGUGGGACUGCUGCUGCGAGUCAGUGGCCAAGGUAGGGAAGUCAUCUGGCUCUGGCUGCAUUCUUGCCCAUUGCAUGGGUCUGGGGAAAACCCUCCAGGUGGUGGUGUUUCUCCACACUGUGCUGCUCUGUGAGAAGCUGAACUUCUCCACGGCUCUGGUGGUGUGUCCGCUCAACACUGUGCUCAACUGGCUCAAUGAGUUUGAAAAGUGGCAGGAAGGCCUGAAGGACGAGGAGAGUUUAGAGGUGACAGAACUGGCCACUGUAAAGAGACCUCAAGAGAGAGCGUACGCUUUACAGCGCUGGCAGGAAGACGGUGGCGUCAUGAUCAUUGGCUAUGAGAUGUACCGUAACCUCACGCAAGGCCGAAACAUCAAGAGCAAGAAGCUGAAAGAAAUCUUUCAGAAAACUCUAGUGGAUCCAGGUCCAGAUUUUGUGAUUUGUGAUGAGGGUCACGUGUUGAAGAACGAAGCGUCUGCUGUUUCCAAAGCCAUGAACUCCAUUAGGACGCGACGGCGAGUGAUCCUGACAGGAACUCCUCUGCAGAACAACCUCAUAGAGUAUCAUUGUAUGGUGAACUUCAUCAAGGAGAAUCUGCUAGGUUCUGUGAAGGAGUUCAGAAACCGCUUCAUCAACCCCAUCCAGAACGGCCAGUGUGCUGACUCCACGCUCACUGAUGUCCGUGUCAUGAAGAAACGUGCACACAUCCUUUACGAGAUGCUGGCAGGAUGUGUCCAAAGAAGGGACUACACUGCCCUUACAAAAUUCCUGCCUCCCAAACACGAGUAUGUGUUAGCAAUACGGUUAACGCCCAUUCAGUGCAAGCUUUAUCGAUACUAUCUAGAGCACUUUACAGGUGUGGGUUCUGCAUUGGAGGGUGGAAGAGGCCGUGCGGGGACCAAACUCUUCCAGGAUUUCCAGAUGCUCAGCAGAAUCUGGACCCAUCCAUGGUGCCUCCAGCUGGACUAUAUCAGUAAAGAAAAUAAGGGAUACUUCGAUGAGGACAGUAUGGAGGAGUUCAUUGCCUCAGAAACGGAGGAGUCUUCUAUGAGUUUGACCUCUGAAGAUGAGAAGCCCAAAAGGAAGAAGAAACGAGGCAAAGGAAAAAAGCAGAAUUCAGACAAGUCUGACAGUGAUGACCUGGAGGUGAUCAAAGAGUGGAACACCAGCUCUCGAGGAGGAAAUCCUGAGGGGAGGAACCGAGCAGAACCUGUGGAGGAUGUUCGGCCCACAUCAAGCUCGGGUCCUGGCAGCCCGCCACCAGACUGGUAUAAAGAGUUUGUGACUGAGGCUGAUUCUGAGGUUCUGGAGCAUUCUGCAAAAAUUUUGCUUCUGUUUGAGGUCCUCCGCAUGGCUGAGGCCGUGGAAGAAAAAGUGUUGGUGUUCAGUCAGUCUCUCAUUUCUCUGGACCUCAUUGAGGAUUUUCUGGAGUUGGCAGGCCGCGCCAAAGAGGAAGGGAAACCUUCGCCAUACAAAGGUGAAGGCAAGUGGUUCCGAAAUAUUGACUACUACCGUCUGGAUGGUUCCACCAAUGCCGUGACCAGGAAGAAAUGGGCAGAAGAGUUCAAUGACACCAGUAAUGUUCGGGGUCGAUUGUUUCUCAUCUCAACCAGAGCUGGUUCUCUUGGGAUCAACUUGGUGGCUGCGAACAGGGUCAUAAUUUUCGAUGCCUCGUGGAACCCGUCCUACGACAUUCAGAGUAUUUUCAGGGUCUAUCGCUUUGGUCAAGUGAAGACUGUGUUUGUCUACAGGUUUUUGGCUCAGGGAACCAUGGAGGAGAAGAUCUAUGACCGACAGGUCACCAAACAGUCGCUGUCUUUCCGAGUCGUAGACCAGCAGCAAAUUGAACGUCACUUUACGAUGAACGAACUGACAGAGCUCUACACGUUUGAGCCCGACCAGCUAGAUGAUCCCUCUGAGAAGAAGAGCAAGAGGGCCACUCCCAUGCUGCCCAAGGAUCCUGUCUUGGCCGAAUUGCUGCAUAGUUUCAAAGAUCAGAUCGUUGGCUACCACGAGCACGACUCCUUGCUGGACCACAAGGAGGAAGAGGCACUGAGUGAGGAAGAUCGCAAAGCGGCCUGGGCUGAAUACGAGGCGGAGAAGAAGGGUCUGUCCAUGCGUUUCAACCAGGCGUCGUAUUCUCAAAUGGGCAUGGGAACGGGACUGAGCACCUACUUCCCCUUCAACGUGGCUGCCUUGGCCUCAAUGUCCAACCAACAGCUGGAGGAUUUGAUUAAUCAGGGCAGGCAGAAGGUGUUGGAGGCCACCAGCGCUCUGAAGUUGGUGCCCAGGGAGCCUCUGGAGGACAUCGUCGCACAGGUGUGGAAGGAGAACCCGAGUCUACCGGAGGCCCAGGUUCAGUCCAUGGCUCUUGGGAGGCAAGCCGGCUAUGAGCUGGAAAUCAGUCACAGGGAGGCCAUUUACCGUGAUGUCCUCAGCAAGCAACAAACUCUGAUGAUGUAUGUGCAGAAGGUGAUCGCCAACCGUAAGGUUCAGGAGCAGCAGCUGGCGAUGGCGAGACAGGGUCUACUGCUGAACCAGCUGGCCAUGCAGAACAGCCUUGGAGCUCCGAUGAAUCAGAUGGAGCUGCUAGGGUUGUACCAGCAGCUUGGGGCGCUCCAAGGCCUCCCCUCCUCUCAGCUGGGCAAGAGCCCUGGCCCAUCUAAGGGCCUUUAGAUGCCUCCUCUUGGCCUACUGCCCUCCGGUGUUCCCACGGCUGGACUGAGAUUGCCAGAACACCUGCAAGAGGGGAUCCUGGGACUUUGUCAAAGGGGAUUUUGGCAGUGCAGUUUGUGUAUAUAGCCUUAAUGUUAUUCAAGUUUAAUUCUUCUUUUAUUCUUUCUCACGUAUUUAAGAUUAAAGAAGAUAUUCUCCCCAAAUGCUUUUAGGCAUUGCUGGUUUUUUCCCCUUGAAUAAGGGCUGUGCAUAUAUAAAUAAUUAUAGAGCAAGGAAAACAGCGUGAUUGAAGAGGGACCAUAGUGUUACUCCAUAGACAUUUCUGUUCUAUAACUGUUGUGAAGAUUUCGCCCCAGUAAAUACUCUCUGCUUUAAAAGUAGUGGAUUGUCAACGGUGCUGUGAUAGCCAGUGCUCCAGAGACACUGCGAUGGACACCUUAAAAACGUAACGUCAAGUUAAAAGGCCUUAUAUCAUGCAGCUAGAUCUCUUCUGACGUUUUAAAACCCCUUUUCUAUUCUGCUUUUAGGUAUUUAAACUCAUUGCUAUACAUGUUAUGGAAUGUCUGUGUUGUUAAAACUGCUUGCUGAAUUCCUCUGGACUUUUGUAUCAUCACAUUUCUCAUUGUAGUAUUGCCUAGCAUAUUGUUGUGAGUACUGUUUAUUUUUUUCUGGUACUUUUUCAUUUGUUUCCUCACUCGCGUUGGGUUUGCAUCUGAGCUGGUGUUAACUACAGGAGUUAGGUACAUGUUUGUGCGGUUUAACUGAGGUUCAACCUGUUCUAAUCUGAUAAUGCUAACACUUUACUUAUCAGAUUUGUGCUUGGGUUGUAUGUAUUGUUCAAUUAUUUGGCACAUCUCUUUGGAUGCUAAACUUGAUGUUUUUCAUUGGCAACCAUUUGCUCUCCACAGGGUGACUUUCGGAAAAGUACAGGAACUUUUUUUCCCUCCUGAAAAUGUUUUUAUGUUACCUUAUACACCAAUUACUUCUGCCAUUAAUACAUUCUGCUACUUAGUAUUUAAUAUCACAUUUAAAUAAAGUGACCAAAAGGAUCAGUUACA